AUCCUCCUAUUGGCCCGAACACUUCCGGCUUCUUCCUCUCGGGUGAGAUCAACAGGACGGACACAAAUCAACACCGCCAUGAGCAGAUAUCUGGAUUAGACCGGCGGGAGACUGGUGUUUGUUUUUAGUUAACUCUUCGCUUUAACGUGUGGUCUCGUGUGCACCGCGUGGGGUUAAGUUAGGAGCCGCCGGCUGUCGACUCGUCCACAGCCAGUGUUUCACCAGCAGCCAUGAUGGCGUCCAGCUACAACGCGAAGGAAGAGGACGGACACAUCUCUGGGGCGGCCAAUAACGGAGGCCCCGGGGUCGUGAAGAGCAAAAAGCCGGACAACACCGCGUUCAAGCAGCAGAGGCUACCGGCCUGGCAGCCCAUCCUCACCGCCGGCACCGUGCUGCCGGCCUUCUUCGUCAUCGGCCUCAUCUUCAUCCCCAUCGGCAUCGGCCUGUACGUGACGUCAAACAACAUCAAAGAGUACGAGAUUGAUUACACUGGUGCAGACAUUAACGAUGCAUGCUACAACUGUGCAAAGAACUUCAGCUGGAACAGCACAACGCCAUGUCUCUGCUCUGUGCCCUUCACAUUGGAGCAGCCAUUUGAGAGCAAUGUCUUUAUGUACUACGGCUUAUCCAACUUCUAUCAGAACCACAGACGCUAUGUGAAGUCCAGGGAUGACAGCCAACUGAAUGGUGACCAGUCGGCUUUGAAGAACCCGAGCAAGGAAUGCGAACCGUACCGCACAAGUGAAGGACAGCCCAUAGCUCCAUGUGGGGCCAUAGCCAACAGCCUUUUCAAUGACACUCUGGAGCUGUAUCACAUUGAUUCCAAUAACACCAGAAAUGCUAUUCCUCUGGUAAAGAAGGGAAUUGCGUGGUGGACAGACAAGCACGUUAAGUUCAGGAACCCUGGUGGAAACAACAACCUUACUGUAGCUUUCCAAGGCACAUCUAAGCCGGUGAACUGGAGGAAGCCAGUGUUCGAGAUGGACCCAUCAGAUCCUGAGAACAACGGCUUCAUCAAUGAGGACUUCAUCGUGUGGAUGCGCACGGCUGCGUUGCCCACCUUUCGCAAGCUCUAUCGCAUCAUCCAGAAGAAGUCUAGCACGACCCCCACUCUACCCAGUGGCAAAUACGUCUUGGAAAUCACUUACAAUUACCCUGUGCGCAGCUUUGAUGGUCGCAAGCGGAUGAUCUUGAGCACCAUCUCCUGGAUGGGAGGGAAGAACCCUUUCCUUGGCAUUGCCUACAUCACCGUGGGCUCCAUCUGCUUCUUCCUGGGUGUGGUUCUGCUCAUCAUCCACCAUAAAUAUGACACCCGCAACAACAGUGCAGAUAUUCCAAACUAAACUGUACUUGUACCACGUUUUCCUGUCUACGCAUGCAUGGUUGACCCUAAAGGGUCCAUUCUGGACUGCUUGUUGACUUUAGCGUGAAUACACUGGUUUCUGUUAUUGUUGUGUGUUUGUGUAAAGACAGCAUUGUCUCAAGUGUUUCAUCAGAAGCUGUGAUUUUGUGAAGGGCUACCAAGGCAAAAGAAGGAUGCUAGAGUCUGUGUCUGUACAUAUAGCUUCAAAUCAGCUGCUGGGAAUGUAAUUUCCUGUUUUCAAAAGAUGUAUUUAUCUUAUAUUUAUCCAUACGCUAUCAAAGUGUUUGUUUUAUUUUAGAAGGGCUUUGCGAAUGGCUCAUUUACUGAAGGAUGUAUGUAUUUUUAAUGCAAUUUUUGUCCAUAUUAUGUACUGUAAUAAGUCCUGCUGAUGAAUGUACCAUUAUAUUUAAUUGACAUACAUCUGGUUUUUGAGAUUACCUUCAAUAUAGGAUGGUAAAACCAUUGCUCCUGUGCUGCUGAUUAAAUAUCAGUGCUUGCUUACCAUAGAGAGUCUUAGAAUACUCAUGACAAGUAGUACUACAAGUUUGGCUAUUUACCCUCUCCUGUGACUGGUGGUAUAAAGAGACUAAGCCAGUCAUUAGGUGACUUAUUAAAAUAACAAUCUGAUGCUUAUUAAUGAUGGAAACAUUAUCUUACACCACCAUAUCAAGUGGUCCCAAUGCUUUCAAGACUCUGGGCAUUGUCUCAGGCUGAUAAGAGCACACAAAAUGAUUUAGUCUUUACAGUUUGACCUGAGUGUUGGAUUAUCUUGCGUUCUUCAAUGUGGACCAAAUGACAUGCACUUUAAAGUGUCACAUUUGUUAGUUUUCCUCCUGGUUUCACUUCAUCUUCUGUGAUAAUAUUGCAUUCUUGAUUUAUGAGGUCAAUUUUAAUUAAAUUAAACUUUAAAUCUAUAGGUUUUUAUAAGGUUUGUAGGGUCCAAUUAAACAAAUUGGUGAAUG